AUGAAUGUAUCACCCCAAGUUCAGCCAAAACCAAUGAUUUUAUAUAAUACAAAGAGAACCACAUCUCAAAGCAAUAGAGACUUUGAGCUUGUUAAGUCUCGCUCAUUAUAUUUAGGAGAAAAAUUAAAUAUUGUUAGUGGUUAUUUGAAGCAUUUAUAUGGGAACAAUGUAACUGCAGUCUCAUUAUUAUCACGAGCUGAUAAACUCGAAAGAAUAAUUGGUAUUUCGGUAGACAGACUUGCCAGAAGAAAUAGGCAAGCUUUAUUUUGUUGGUUCACAGAAAAUUGGGAGCUAAUUCAGCCAAUACUAAUGCAGCCUGGUCGCAUAAUAGUGAAUUCGGCACCAAAAAUAGAGUCAAUCGACGUUUCAGAUCUUUCUAGAUUGUUGAAUUAUCAUUAA